AUUUCUCAAAUGCGAAAAAGACCACUUAAAGAACAGAAAAUAGUCUUAUAGAAAGGUUUGUUUAACGUUCCGACGAUGAUAUAUAAAUAUAAUACGUCAACACACACAAAAAAAAAUCAUUAAUAGUUGUUUAUGUCGAAUAUGUUGCGAAUUGUAAUUUAAUGAAAACAAAAUCCAGUUGCAUUUUAAGAAGAUAUAUAAAAAAUUGAGCCAUGACGGAAUGCAUGAGAACACUGAUCCCUAAAGUCUAAGGAGAUUAGGUCAACAAAUGUAUUUUGACUUUAUUUGUAUACCUCCGAAUCAAAGUAUCCAUAAAUUAUUAUUUUAUAAUGAUGCUAGGCAACCACAAUAUAUCGUCACUAGCAUCAACAAAAUAAAACUCGAGACAUCAACAUAAUCGAAAACGUGCUCAAUUUUAUUUCUAGUUUAAAAUUAUGUGCUAUUCUGAAAAUAUUGAUUUGAUGUGUACAUGUGUUCAAUUUUUUUUUACAGUUUAGAAACAAGUAAAGGAAAUUUAAAAAAAAGAAGUAUUUGAGAAGAGAUAAGACGAAGAAAAAAAAAAGAUUAGAAGAAAAGAUUUAAGAGAUAAAGAGUAAAAGACUAAAGAGAAAAUAUCAAAAGGAAAGAAAAAAACAUCAUUUAGAAAGGAAUGAUAUCAAAUAGAUAAAGUUUAAUUAAAUUGUGUGAUAAGGUAUGGUUGCUUCCCUAAAUAGUCAUAUUUUUUGCCAUCUAUUGCAAGUUCACAUAUAUAAAUUACAUAAAAUAUUUGCUACCUACCCUACUAAAACUUAGAUAUUUUUUAUGAGUUCAAAUUAAAUCCCAUAUAUGGCCGCUAUCUGAAACACAAAAACAAAUUCAUAAACACGUGUGAGAUAUUGUAUGGAAACAUAAAAUUAUAUAGGUAGACAAAAACCAUAGAUUCAUUUCCUUUCGAACAAAAUAGGUUAUAAUAUAAACUUGUAACUAAAUAAAAUCUUAAAAGAUUGUCUUUCCAUUGAAAUACUCUUACCGUGUUGACCUUAAAUCCCCAUAUUUCAAAGUCACAUCUCCUUCCUUAUAUUACCCUAACCCCUAAACAAGAUCUACAAACACAACUGUUCUUCGUAUUUGUGUGAUCAAGAAUUCUCCAAAAUGUCUCGUCACCCGAAAAUACAUCCGGACGCCUCAUCAGCGCGACCAUCGGCUCCUCUGGUACCACGUGCUGCCUCUAGAUCAGAACAAGGAGACCCGUCCAAAAGAACAUUGACCCAACGGUCCACAUACGCACCGUUGGCUCCGCCGAGGAAGAGAGGAAGAAGCUGUUGCUGCAGGUGCGUGUGUUACACACUCUGCCUUCUCUUUCUCCUUGUUGUUGCAGUAGGCGCGACGAUUGGUAUACUCUACCUUGUACUUAAACCGAAGCUACCGGAUUACUCUAUUGACCGGCUGCAGCUCACCCAGUUUGCACUUAACCAAGACUCGAGUUUGUCCACGGCUUUUAACGUGACUAUAACCGCUAAGAAUCCGAACGAGAAGAUCGGGAUUUACUAUGAAGAUGGGAGCGAGAUUACCGUGUGGUACAACGAAACCAAACUCAGCGAGGGAUCGUUGCCAAAAUUCUAUCAGGGACAUGAAAAUACCACAGUUAUAGACGUACAAAUGUCUGGCCAAUCUCAGGAUGCAACGGGUAUAAUGUCAACAUUAGAAGAGCAGCAACAAACAACCGGGAAUAUACCAUUGAGAUUAAGAGUUGACCAGCCGGUUCGAAUCAAAUUCGGGAAGUUGAAGCUGAUGGAGGUGAGAUUCCUGGUUCGAUGUGGUGUAUUUGUGGAUAGUUUGGCUGCAAAUAAUGUUAUUAAGAUUCAAAGUAGUAGCUGCAAGUUUAGGCUCAGGCUAUAAUUCUGUUUCUUAGGUAUUCGAUUUGUCAUUUGGUAAGGUAUUGUAUUGUGUUUUCAUUUUUUGUAAUUCAUAUUUUCAUUAAACUCUCCUUUUAAGCUACACUCUUGUGUCAGACCCUUGUUAUACAAAUUACUGGUUUUUGUUACGAAUAAUUGCUUUCUAGGAAACGUAGAAAAUCAAUCUUCAUGAAACAAGAAAAAAAAAUAGAUUAAAGGAGGGGAAUCACACUUUAUGGAACUCGUUUUUGACAAAAUGGUUUAAGAUCAUUUUUCGAUAAGUUUCUGAGCGAACACGUUCAUCGGAAUAACCGGCUAUAAACUAGUGUAACCACAUAUAAAAAUCGAAGAUGGUUGAAUGAGAAAUGUAAGUUUAAAGUGGGUUACUUGUAAAGUUUAAAAUGACAUUUCUAAGAUGUCACACAUUGUAAUAUAAAAAAGAGAUAUUGGACCGAACCCGAAUUUUGAGUUUCAGAAUUUGGUAAAUGGACAUACUCGUCAAAAGAUUAUUCUUUUGUUACAAAUUCUACUUUAAAUUUUGUUGACAAAGUAAAAAUAAUAUUAAUUUUAGUUUAUGAUAUUAAUAUCAUUAUUAUAGACAAUUAAGCAUACAAAAAAUCAGUUAUGAUUUCCUUGUAAUAUGUGUUUUAAUAUUUUUCAAAAUAAUUAAUGUGAGAAUCAAUUUUCAAAUCUCCACUUUAUGGUUCUUGUUGACCAUAUGGACUAUAAAAAAGGCACCCUCUUUUCAUUCUGAAAAAAUUAAGUUGUCAACUCAUAUCAAAUCCUCCAUAUGAUAUUCUUUUAAUCUGUGUAUGAGGUUACAACACAUAAAAAGGUUUGAUAGAUUCUAUCUUUGGUGUUGGAAGAUAGAAACACUGCAAUUGUAUCAUGGGAAUAUGAGCACUAUAAAACCGUCGUACUAUAUGGUGUUUAAAGAUUUAAGGAAACAAAUUUAUCAUCUCGACUAUGCAAUUCUUCUUUAUCAGUUUAUUUCGGUGUUGUAAUUUAGAAUUAUGUUCUUAUUAUUUUUACACAUCAGUUUCUCUAUGGUUCCUACAUUUAUAACACAAAAAAUUAUGAUUCACCAAAUACACAUGAGGAGCACAUAGUAGGGUAUGUUAUAUAUUACAAGUAAAACGGAUGGAAAUACCUUGGUCAUGUUUCUCACACCCAAACGCUUUGAUUCACGAAUGUUUGAUCAGUGGUGUCACAUUUAAGAAUUAGCGAAAAGUUCAUCGGAGUAUGACGCCAAAGAUGAGCAUAGAAAAAGUUUGUUUCAGUUAUACAAAAUCUAAAGCAAAUCAUUGUUAAGAAUAAGAAAAAGAAGAAUACAAAGAAGAAGCAGUGGAGAUCAUGAAGGAAGAUAACAUUUAUAAACAUGUAGCGUAUCAGAGAAGAUGAACACUGGUUGUGAAGUAAUAUAGUAUAUCCUAUAGUUUGUAACAAAUAGAAUAUAAAUCAAAUUUCAUGUUAGUAUAGACAGUUGCAUGACAUUGUAAUUAAUGGAGUUGGAACGAGUUUGGAGGCAGAAGCAAGAGGAUUGUUAUAUGCUAAGUUGUUAGUUUUUGAUUUUAUAAUAGCAUUUGAAUACUAUUAGUUAAAAAGACUAAAAAUGCAUAGUAUUUAUUCUUAGUAAUGUACUUAUUAAUUAUAAUAUUAAAAUAAUAUAUCUAAAAUUAAUUUUACUUUUUGCGGAAAACACAAUUUUGCAGGAUUUGAUGAAAAAUUUGAUUUUGACGGAAAACACACAUUUGCGGUUUUGACAAAACAAAAUAUGACGAAAAACACACAUUUAGGUUUGAUGGGAAACUGCGAUUUUCCAGUUUUGAUAGAAAAUUGCGAUUUUCGGGUUUUGACUGGAAAAUAUAUUUUAAAAGUUUAGCGAGAAAAUGUGAUUUUAUGUUUUACAGAACAAUGUGAUUUUAGGGUUUAGGGAAAAACAUAUUUUUACGUUUUGGCGAGAAAAUACAACUUUAUGAUUUUGACGGAAAAUCUAGUUUUUGGUUUUGACAGGGAAAAUAUGAUUUUUUUGUUUCGGCGAAAAAUGUGAUUUGCCAAAUAAUAAUAUUAUAUAAAAAUCACAAUAACUAAUUUAAUUAAUUUUUAUAUUUGUAAAGUUGCUUAGACUUUUUUGGAUUUUGAAAUGCAAUUAUAUCAUUCAAACUUCAUAUUUUUGCAUCUCAAAUAUUUAGAUACAAUAGAUAUUAUAAAUAUUGCAUUUAGAUGGUGCGUUUUGAUGGUAAUAUUAUAAAUUUCCAAACGAAGAAAUUUGAAUAUUAGCAUCUAGAUUUAGACCUGGAUACAAAACGAACAAGGCAUAAACCCGGAUAGAAGAAACUAGAUAGGAGGAUACUAUUUUAAAACAAAAAGAAAAGAAAAGCAGUUGAAAAAGAAAAGAUAAAUAAAAGAAAAGCUAAGUUUGUUUAAGAAAAAAAGAAAUAAAAGAAAAGCUAAGUUUAAACCUAAAUCCCAAAUCCAAAUCAAAUCCAUGAAAGCCAUCUUGAGCAUCUCAAAUCUGUCUCUAAACCUCCAUUUCCCCUUCGAGUACUCUAAGCUAGUUUCUCGUGAUGUCUUGGUGCACGAAAUGAAUAGUUAACUUGAACAUGAAUUUGAUGCUUAAAUCCUCGUUUUUUUAAUAUAUACUAGGUGAUAACCUGCACUUUGCGCGGAAUGAAAUACCUAAAAUAAUGAUAUGUUUGCAAUUUAAAAUCAAUUAUGUAUUUGCAUAUUUUUUUCUAUGUAUAAUUCAAUAAAGCAUAGACAUGACACAAAGUAUUAAAUAAUGUUUUUUGUUGUUUUUAUUUUACUAAUUUGAUGGUGGUAGUUGUUUAAAAAUUGAGGUUAAUUUUUUGUUUAGCUAAUUUUACGUUUAUAAAAACGUAAUAUAAUUUUAAACUAUUCUGUAACAUCUAUAUAUAUAAAAAAUUGUUGGUCUCACUUCUAGGUUAUCCACGUGGAAACUCACUCCCUGACACACGUCCAUUUUGUAUGAAACGAAGCGCAUCAUUUAUUCAGAGGUAUUGUUGGCUUUAGUCGUUAUGGAUCCAGGACGUGAUGUGCUCUUUAGUUGUUAAGCAAUCUGUGAGGGGCGAGCCUUUCUCAAAGGGUUUUGGGCUUUAGUUUUUUUUUAUGUUGUAAGCGGCCGGAAGAAACAGGGUGCGUCUCUAACCCUAAUUCUAAUUACGCGAAGAAGCUUCUUCGUCUCUCCUCUUUGUUUUAAGGCUGCUUUUGAUCUUCAUCUGAUUAACGCACCCAGAUAUUUGUUCGUCGUGUUUAAUCCUCAUUAAUUCAAACACCCACAAUCUAGCCUUGAAUGCGAUCAUCCAUCGGCGAGUCAGUCUAGCUAAGACUAUAAAUAGGUACCUAUUCCUCCUCUCCAAACCAUCUUCUCUAUAUCUCUUAUCAUACUUCUCUAAUCGCUCCAUCUACCACAAACUUCCUAAUCCUCACAAGUCAGGUUUCUAUCAGAGAUUUUGAGCUCCAUUUCACGAGGCAUAAAGCUAUCGGCUUUUCCAAAAAAUUCUGUCGAUGCAGUCGCUUAUCUUCCAUCAUCAAGACAUCGUUCUAAUGUUGCACCGAAGCCGAUUGGUUUCCUCUUCAGCUCCAUCCACGUUCUCACCAGUGAAUUAUUUCCACUUUAGCUUGCUUACAGCCUCAGGAAACGUACGUUACAUAUCAUACUUCUUCUUUGGAAACCUUUUGGCUUUCACUUUUCAUGAAGUUUUCUUUGGGUCGUUGCAGUCUGACUGCUCCAAGUUACCAGAUGAUUCUUAGAGACAGACCUUAAUUGGCUUCCUCUGUUGACUGAUUUCCUCCCCUAAAUCACUAUGAAAAUAUUUCUCUAUCCAAGAUGAUCAUGUUUUAGAUGGACGCUUUGAUCUUUCGUGACCCGGAUCAUGCUUAUAUGUUUUAUAUUCCAUCGCGUUAAUUUUUUUUCUAUUUUUUUUUUCUCUCUAAAGUCUGUCCUAUAUAUAUGCACAAAGACUCUUUAUAGAUAAGAGAUUAAGUUUUUCAGUGAUUUAAGUGUUUAUAAAUAACUGAUUGUGCCUGUUUUCGUUUUUGCAGAUGGAUCUUCUUAUAAUCAAAACAAUGCUUAACGAUGAGAUUCAAGGAGAAGUAGCUUCAGAACCUUCUCUUUCUGGAAAUAGAAGAAAAAAAACUGAAAGACCAACAAGCUCUGUUCUUCCAACAAAACCAAGGUAAUUAAUUUCUCAUAGAGCAAAAGUAUGGGCAUUCUUUUAUCCAAAAAGAAGAUGACCGUGUGCAAUGCAAUAGUUGUUUCUGUAAAUUUGCGGGAACUGAAAGUAGCACUUGAAACACGUACAUCUACUCCACGUGAAAUAGCUGAGUGUAUUUUGGUUCCUUUUUGUAUUUAAUUCAACUUGAGUUCAAUAUGUGUUUGUUUAAGACUUUUAGUGCAAGUUGUUUACUCUUCUC